UUUGACAUAUUAUUAUUUGCUAAAAAAAGGUAGCCUUUUUGGGAAAAUUACUAAUUAAUGGAAAUACAAAAAAAUUCGAAAAAAUAGUUAUAUAUGAACAUAUUAGGACAAGUGAAUACGCUCUAUAAAACCAUGGCAUCAGCUGUUUCGGAGAAAACCAAACAGAGGAGAAACAGAGUACUUUUGGGUCCUCUCCCCGAAGACUUUUUGCGUCUCAACAUUUCACCACAAGAACAACAAGAAGCUGCUGACCGUCAGGCAGCUAUGGCUUUACAGCAACAGUACACCGUAGGGAUGGGUCAUGUGCCAAAUCCAGCAGGAAGACUCAGCAUCACCAUCGUGCAAGCAAAACUGGCCAAAAACUAUGGAAUGACUCGUAUGGAUCCAUAUUGUCGUAUCAGAGUGGGUCACGUUAUCUAUGAAACCCCUACAGAUCCGAAUGGUGGCAAAAAUCCUAGGUGGAAUAAGGUCAUUUAUUGUCUCAUUCCUCAAGGCAUCCAAACCAUGAACAUAGAAAUUUUCGAUGAAAGAUCCUUCACAAUGGACGAACUGAUUGCCUGGACUCAAAUCACAAUUCCGCAGAAAGUUUUAACAGGGGAAACUCACGAGGAUUGGUACGCCCUCAAUGGUAAACAAGGUGAAGGGAUUGAAGGCAUGAUCAACCUUGUACUAAGCUACAAUCCCAGUGGACAAUUUGUCUACCAACCAUCUUAUCCAGUAAUGAUUGUACCAAGAGCUGAUGCCGGUGGGGUGACUCCCCUUAAGGUUUUUUCCGCUCCACCCGGAGCUGGGGAAAUGACUCAGCAACAGCCGCAGCAUCCUCAGCAAGAACCUGCUGUUCUGAGCGAAGCUGAUUUGAAACAGAUUGAAGAAAUGUUCCCUAACAUCGAAAAAGAAGUGGUGAAGACUGUGUUUGAGGCUAACAGAGGAAACAAAGACAGAACGAUCAAUUCGCUCUUGCAAAUGUCCGAUUGAAAUCUCAAAGUUUUAUUUGCGCCAUAAUUAUAAUAUUUUAUCCUGUGAUUAAUUUUAUUAAUUAUUAUAAAUGUAAGGUAUAUUAUGCUUUUAUCAUACAAAAUUUGUAUAAGGUGCCAAACUGAAUGGCAAUUUUUCUGUUUUUAAUUAAUACCUAUAUGAUAAUCUUAUAAAUUAUUACAUUAAUAUAUUGUUGAAAUAUUAA